AAAACGCCUCACCGAGGAGACCAGACAUCGCGAUGGCUGCGUCGAUGUGCAUUGAGUGCGAAGACACAGAGGCCAGUCUAUCGUGCGUAGAGUGCGACGACCUGUACUGCGACUUGUGCUUCCAAGCACAGCACCACUCGGGGAGUCGGUUGCGGCACACAAGAACGGUCCUCGCAACAUCGUCGUCGUCUGUACCUCCUCCAAGUCCACUUGUAGAGUUGCCCAUCAUCGACGUGGUGCCAAUUCAAGUGGACGAAACCAUGGAAGAUGUGUCCAUGGAUCAAGCUACGUUGGCGAAGGAGACCCAGCUGAUCCUCCGCCGCGCCAAGGUGAUGCCUAUGCGGCUCAGCGACAGCGAACGCGUGCUGUUCAACCUCCUCGACGCCGGGCUCAACGUGUCCGAGUACACGGACAAAGUGGACAUCCUGUCGUACCAAUCCCCCGUGAAGCGCAUAUUGAACGAGCUCACGGAUCUAUUCAACAUCAUGUCUGGCAUGUUGGUGGCCAGCGACUUUCGGAAUGGCAAGAAGCGCAUUGCCGGCCAAAAGUACCACGACAACGCCGACUUUUUCAAGGCUGUGUUUGAGAUCGGUCGGCGUUACAAGAUCAUGAAUCCGGAACGCAUGCGAAACAACUACGGCAAGAUGAUCUACCUCUUACAAGAUGCGAGCAUGCAGGAAAUUGAAGACCACUUCGAGUUUAGCUGCAUCGAGCCGACGCAUACUGUUCACUCGUUCUUGGCGGACAGGGAGGGCUUGGACUUGCUGCAGGACGCCGACGUGCCCGUGGCCACCCGUUCCCUCGCCGACUCGUGUGGUGUCGGUCAACGGGCGAUCAAGUCUGCCGCCAUCGACGCCAUCAUCUCCCGGCACACGACCACCUUGCUCGGUGCCGACGACAUCCGCCGCGUGCUGAGCUCGAUCGACGACAACAACAGCUACCUCGCGCUCAACUGCACCCCCAUCACGCGCAUGCAAGCGUUGCUGGAGCAGUACUUUCAAUCCCCCGCGCCCUUUAGCCUCGAGAUCCGCGCCGGAAAGAACGGCGCGCGGCUGAGUCACUCGCAUAAGACUCAAUAUGCGUACGCGAUGCAGUCGCUGUCGUUGUGGAGGAACAUCACGCUCGAAAUGUUCCCCCUGUGGUUUGCCGUCGAAGAGGACUUGAUCCACGGCGGUGGGUACCGACUCCGGGACACGGGCCAGGGAUUGAACCGCAUGCAGCGGGCACCGCACACGUCGCAACUGAUUCACGCCAUCCUUUCGCACACGCAGAAGACGUCACCGAUGGGAUGGGUCGGCUCGUCCGCCAUCCACUUGGGCGACCACAACGUCCCGAACGCUCUCAUGUUCAUUGACAAGUACACCCAAGUGUCUCGGAUCCUCAGCCCCGUCGUCCAAACGUGUGACUUUGUCACGCGCAUGCAGCAUGACGUGUACAUCCAAGGCCUCGGGGGCGCCGAAUUUGUGCGGCAGUCCAUCCUGGCGGACUUUUUCAAGCACGCGUUCGACGGCAGCGGCGCCGACAACUUCUUUGACGCAGGGUCGUGCAUCGAUGGCCGCCUCACGAGUGCAUGGAACUGGUGCUCCAAGAUCGAAAAGAAGUCGUUUUACCACGUGUUCCUCAUGGCCGGGUUUGUCGGGUUUGACGGGAGCUUUGAAAAGUGAUAUGCCAUGUCAUCAUAUACAUGUACUAGUAUCAUUCACCAAGAGCAUAUUACUAUGUAGUACUAGUACGACAAGAUAUAAAGUCCUAAAUAUAGACAGACUCAAAUAUGGAACGGUU